CCUCCCUCUUUCAUAAGCCUUCUCCUUGUCUCCAUAAGUUCAGUCAGACAGGACCUCUCACCUGGACUCUAUCGGUUUAUUUGGUAUAGAUAGCAGGACUGUUCUGUGGUCAUGAUUCAGGUUUCUUCGCCCGUGUUUGUGCUGCUACUGUUUGUGGCUGUAGCUGCGAUGAGGGCCAACUCUGGAGACAAUCUUUUAAGAAAAAGAAGAGAAUGGAUUCUCCCUCCAAAGCUUUUGAAGGAAAAUGUAGACUACUCUGGUCAAUUAUUUAUUGCCAAGAUUCGAUCAGAUUUUGAGGCUAAUGAAACUAUUCGGUACUCCCUGGAAGGCAUUGGUGCAAAUCAAAAACCCUUUGACUUAUUUGUAGUAAACCCUGAAAAUGGAUUCAUCCGUCUCACCCAAAAGCUUGACAGGGAGAAAAUUGACACAUACAAUCUGUCAGGUGUUGCAACAAACAAUAAGGGCCAAGUUGUAGAGAGAAAUAUUGCCAUACGAAUCAAGGUUGUCGACGAAAAUGACAAUGAUCCAGAGUUUGGUGUAAUCAAGAGCGGGAAGGUGGAUGAGCACAGUUCUGCGGGGACUUCAGUUAUGAAAAUCACUGCAACUGAUGCUGAUGAACCAGGGCUUGAGAACUCUCAGAUAGCUUAUAGCAUUAUAGCUCAGGAUCCAUCCGAUGACAUGUUCUAUAUGACCGAUGAUGGGACCAUCUACGUCAACAGGCCUUUCCUGGACAGGGAGACAGUGGAUCACUACACUCUGAGUGUGAAAGGUCAGGACCUUAAUGGCAAACAAGGGGGAAGGAGUGGAACAGGCACUGUUACCAUUAAUGUAGUUGACGUCAAUGACAACCUUCCGACCCUUGAAAAAGUGGAGUACGAGGGCAGCAUCAAUGAGAAUGAACACGGUGUGGAGGUGAUGAGAAUCAAAGCAGAGGACCUGGACCAGGAAGGCACAGACAACUGGAAAGCUGUGUUUGAAAUCAUCAAAGGCAAUGAGGCUGGGUACUUCAGCAUUAGAACAGAUCCAAACACCAACGAAGGCAUCCUAAUGCUCGACAAGGCUGUGAAUUAUGAGGAUGUGAAGGACCUUGACCUGGGACUUAUUGUUAGAAACAAUGCUUCAUUUUUUGAUGGAUCGGCGGGAAAUGCUGGAGUUGGUAUAAAUUUCGGUGGUGGAGCAGGUGGAGGAGGUGGAGCAGGUGGAGGAGGGGGGGGGGGAGGAGCAGGGGGUGCAGGGGCGACAGGAGGAUCAUCUGGUGCAAGUGGAAGUGGUGCAGGAGGUGGGUCUGGAGGAUCAUCAUGGCAAAGUGGGACCAAAUAUAAAACUUAUCCAAUCAAAAUCAAUGUGAAGAAUCAGCCUGAGGGGCCAAGUUUCGACCCUAAAGUGAAAUCAAUUCCCAUCUCAGAAGGAGGUCACUCCAUAAAUAUUAAUGAUGUUAUUGCCCACUAUCCUGCAAUAGAUGGAGACACUAGGGAACCAGCUGAGAAUGUCAGGUAUGCCAAAGGCUCAGACCCUGACAACUGGCUAACCAUCGACCCAAAGACAGCUGAAAUCAAACUGAACAAGAUGCCUGACAGAGAAUCUCCAUUCUUGGUCAAUGGGACAUACAUCGCUCAAGUACUCUGCAUUACAGAAGACAUGCCCAGCACAACAGCAACUGGCACUGUAGCCAUCCAGGUUCAAGAUUUAAAUGACCACUGCCCCAUCGUGACCAGUAACAUGCAGACCAUGUGUACCACGGAUUAUGCUGUUAUUGUGAAUGCUCAAGAUGAGGACACAUACCCUAACGGACCUCCUUUUGACUUCUUCAUUGUUCCGGAAGGCACUAAGGGCAAAUGGAAGGUGGAGCAUCUCAAUGAUACUGCUGCUAUCCUUAGGGUCCAGGAGUCCUUGUGGCCUGGUUUCUAUGAAGUGGAACUUGUUAUAAGGGAUGAGCAGGGUGAGGCCUGUCCAGAACCACAAAAAGUGAAGGUCAGAGUUUGUACCUGUGAGGAUGGAGUGGUGUGUGGGAAAAAAGGCGGCAAUGCUGACCCCAGCAAAGGAGCAGAAUUGGGGCCUGCCGGCAUCGGACUGCUAUUCCUAGGCCUGCUGCUGUUAGCGUUCAUUCUUCUGUUGCUGCUGUUCUGCCAAUGCGGGCAGGCUGCAGGUUUGUCAGGGGGCUUUGCUGAGAUGCCCUUCGACACCAAAUCACACCUCAUUAACUAUCGCACUGAGGGCCCGGGAGUGAACACGGAGGUUCCACUGGUGAACAAGCCAUCACAAAUAGAUGGAAAUAUGGUCAACAGGGGUAUAGGAGUUGCCAGCAAAACAAUGGCGCCCAUGGAAAGUUUUUAUUAUCCGAUAUCAGUCGCUUCCAUGGAUGGUAUGAACAGGGUCAUUCAUCAAAGAGAAACCUGGGGGAUGAUGAACCCGCCAAGUGGUGGUGGCUUCUACCCUGAGAUUGAAGACAAAGAAUUAGGAGGAGGUGGAGGAAUUUACGAUGGUAUGGCUCUGCCAGACCACAUCCUGGGACAGUACUACACUCGGAAGUUGACUCAUGGAAAUGAGAACCUUGAAGUGAAGGACAGUCUGUUGGUUUAUGACUAUGAGGGCCAGGGUUCCUCUGCUGGCUCAGUGGGAUGCUGCAGCCUCCUGGAGUCUGACAAUGACACACAAUUCCUUGAUGACCUUGGACCAAAGUUUAAAACCCUGGCUAAGGUGUGCAGAGGCAAGCCGAUCCCAACUGAAAUAAAACAAGUGUUCACUCCUCUGCCUAAUGCCUCCAUCAAUACUCAGUCCUCAGUAUCAGGUUUGGUGAGUACACCGCAGCUUCCCCCUCCAACCCAGCUGCAGUCGACUGUCUCCAACAUGCAAGAGACUGUGGUCAGGGAUACAUCUGAGCGUUAUAAUAUGGUGAAAGAACGCAUGGCCACAGAGAAAGGAGAGAUGGUAAAUCAAGGCCAGAUGCUCUUGCUACAACAGCAGCAGCCUGUGUACUACGCCACCAAACCUGUGCUGCAGCCAAUGCACUACAUCAUCCAGCCACAGGUUCAGAACACCAUGCUGCUGGCUGAGUCAGCAGCCACCAACCUGCAGGGCAUGGUACUGAUUAAUGGCACCCAGACUGGACCUGCCCCAGGCAUGGUCGUUCAGGGCCAGGCAGUGAUGUCUAGUGGACAAUACCAGGGCCCCAGCAUGGUGCUGGUACAAAAGAGCGGCCUUCAGGGGGGCAAUUCCAACCUGAUCCACACUGGUAACCUUGCUGACUCCCAGACCUUAAUGGUAGUUGAGGACAAGGUCCCUGCUGGGAAAAUGAAAGUGCUGAAAGGGAGCCAGACCUGCCUCGUGCAGAGAGGCACUCUACAACCAAGAGGGUCUUCCGGAUCUCAGAGAGUCCUGGUGAUUGGAGAACCAACAAGCAGUGAAGGGCAGGUGGUCCAGGAGGCAGUAGGACUGUCCAAAAAGUUUGAUUCUCAGGGAUUCCUUUACAGCACAUCUACUGGCUCUCAAGGCAGUGUGGUGGGUUCUUUUACCACCAUGGGGAGCUCAACCCCCACCUACCGCAAUGUGGUGAUGCAGGAACCCAGAGAAAUUCACUGAAGUGUGAUGUGAGAAAUGACAUCCUUUAAUGAAGUUCCAACUUCUGGAAGGCAGUGUCUCAAGAAUUUUUAUGUGCAGUGCUUUACAUGUUUGUCAGCAUAUUGGUGGAGGGUGUGGUACAGCAGCUUAUCUAGGAAUGAAGCAAUAUGUUCAAUCAGUUUAUGGUAUAUUGACAAUUGCACAUAAAAAACUCUGCUUUGAUUGAUCAAUCAGUCAUGCAAAAUGUAUUUGUAUAGCCCACAUUCACAAAUCACAAUUUGCCUCAUAGGUAAUAACAUAACAGUCAUUGUACAUUGUGCAACAUCCUCUGUCCUUAAAUCUCGACUCGAGUGAGAUUUUUCCAUUGUGAUGCAGUGACUAUCUGGUUCACACUCCAAUAUGGUAAGUAGUUAUUAAAGUAGAAUUAAUAAUUAUAACUAUGUUCAGAGCAAAACUAGAUCAGUGGAGACACUUUGCAGAAACGGUUGAUUAUGGCACGCAGCUCUCUCUCUCUCUCUCUCUCUCUCUCUUUUCAUUGACUUACCUUGACUUAUUUGUUUGGAGUUAGGACCGAAGCUCCGCAUAGGCACAAAUGCACGCAUGAACACGCACGCACGCACGCACACACGCACACACACUCACAGAUAAUAUAUAUUAUUAUAUGUGGGAAAUGCAGAUGUCAAACUACUGUUUGUAAUUACAUUUGUGUUGUGUUGUUACCCUUUGGAACGGCUUUGUGUUGGACGAAACGUUUCUUUACCAGCCAGUAUGGUGGUGCCAUGUCUUUUGAUGGAGUUAAAGUUAAAAUGGCAUUCACUAGUUAACAUUUUACAAAUCACCUGUCUUGUGUCGGAUCUAAUCAGUUUUAUUUGUGUAGCGCCAAAUCACAACAUGCAUUGUCUUUAAAUAGCACUUUACAUAGUGAUAUAAUAGAGAGAGUGAGAGAGAUGCUCAUGAUGGGAGUUCCAGUCUAGGCCUAUAGCAGCAUAACUAAGAGAUGGUUCAGUAAACACCUGAGCAGCUCUAACUGCUUUAAGUCUAACCUUCAAUGUGGAGAGGGUGUCUGCCUCCCUGACACAAACUGGGAGCUGGCUCCAGAGGAGAGGAGCCUGGUGGCUAAAAGCUUUGCCUCCCAUUCUAUUUUUACACACUCUGUAAACACAAGAUGGGCAGAGUGAUCUAUUUUGAAAAGAAUAAAAAAAAAUUCUACACUGUGUAGAUGAUCAUGGUUAAAAAUUGUAAAAUAGAUUUUGAUUUAUGACUGUGUAGACAGUUGUUUAUGUACUGGAAUGCAUUUGACAUAAUGUGAUAAUGUUUGUCUCAGGGAUGAUGGAAAACUUUCAUCUCGCUUGCUUCCCUUAAUAAAAUGUUCUGUAUGAAA